AUGGAUGAGACUUGUAUAGAAAUUCUGGAAAAAUCUGUUACAAAAAUUCUUGCUUUAUCUUCUAUGAGUAUAACUGAUUUGGCAACUUUCACUGAUGUUUUUCAUGACUUAUUAAAAUAUUUCAAGAAAAUAGAAAACUAUUCUUUUGACUCUGCUAUUAUUUUUUAUGAUUUUGUUGUUUGUUCUAUUAUUCGUUAUUAUUCUCUUAACGUGAUAUCAAAAGUUUCUUUAUUUUCUGGUACCGAAUUUCAGAAAAGGCAUCUAUCUAAUCAUAUUCAUAAUUUGUUACUUUUCGUAUAUGAAAUAUUGAAUGGGAUACUGAGAAUUAUUUCUGAAUUGGAUAAGGGAAUCAGUGGGGUUUAUUUGAAUAAUGUUGAUAAUUUGAAUAAUUGCAUGUUAAAUAUUAGUACUUUAAUAUCAAAAAUUAUUUUGACAUUGUAUCAGACAUAUUUUGCUCGUGAAAAUAAUGAUAUUACAAAUAUAUUUUUUGAUGAUAUUAAAAGUGAUUCUUUGAGAUAUGUUCAGUGCAUUGAAUUAGUGAUUUCUUUUUACAAUAAUAAUUAUUUGAAAAAUGACAUUAAAAAUAGUAUUAAAAAAAAUAUUUUGCGAUGUUUUAAUUUUAAAGGUUUUGAUAUUUUUCUUCAGAUUGCAUUUAAAGCAAAAGAUGCUCCUGAAUAUGAUGAUAUUAUUAAAGUUAUUAGACACGUUUAUGGUAAUAUUUCUAAAAUAGUGUUUGGACGGUCGAUUUCCGUCCUUAUGGAGCAAAAAUUUGUGGUUUCUGGGCUUUUAGAAUAUAUUGAGCUUGAAAAAUUGAAUUGGGUUCAAUUUCAAUAUAAAUUAUGGCUUCCUCCUCUUUUUAUUUCUUCUUGGCUUAUGCCCAAUGGCUAUAAUGAUUGUGAAUUUACAAACUAUUGUUGUAAGCUCAAUACUCAGAUAUCAAGGGCGAUAAUUGAUAAUAUACGGUUUAAAAUUAUAAGUUCUAGUCCUGAACUUUCUUUUCAAGUAUCUAUGUCAUUUAUAUUUUGUUUGCAAUUGGAUGAAAUUACAUCGGAUCAGAGUUUUAUAAUAAAACGCAUUAUAAUGCUUUUAGAUAAUGUAAGACGGACUGAGUUUGCAGAGCAGAUGAAUUUGUUGAUUGUAUCAAAAUAUCAAUGUUUGCAUUUUUUUAGUUGGUUAUGGGAAAGCUCUUUAAAAUGUUCUAAUAGAUAUAUAUUGAAAUUUUCUAAUGAAUUUACUUUAUUUUGGCUUUUGCAACGUGAUAUUUUAAUUAAAACUGAUAAUUUUAUUGCUUCUGAAUUUGAGCAUUUAGUAAUUUUUGUUUUAACUGCUGGCAAAAUUGAUAAUGAUAAAGAAAUUCAAGCUUAUGAAAGGGGUUUUUGUAAAAAUGAGUUAGAUAGGUCUCUUAUGAUACUAAAGAGGUUGUUGAAUUCUGAAAUCUGGUCGCUAUACUUAGAUGUCCAUGAUGUUAAAACUAUGUUUAUUACAGUGUUGACUGAAUUGCUUCGAUGGUUUAAAAAAUUAUGUUCUCUCUCUAUACUUGAACCGGUUCAAGAAAAGAGUGUUAUUGAGUUUAUAUUGUUUAUUUUUUUAGAUUAUGAUAGAUAUUGGAUUGAGUUUCAAUGUUGGAAUAAUCUUAUAUAUUUUCUACAUUCUGUCUCAAAGAACAUUCUUAUUGAUGUUCUUAUUAAAGAAACAUUAACUGUUAAUUUUAGUGAUGCAUCUAUUUCUAAAAAAUAUUAUAGAAAUAAUAAAUCUGGUGAUACUCUUUUGAGUAAUUCUGAUAUUAAGACUUUAAAGUUAUUCUCUAAGAUAAUGUAUUUAAUAUGUACUUUAAUACGAGAAUUUAAAGUUCUGGAUGCUUUGGUAAAUUCAGGUGAAUGUGAAUCUCAUAUUUUAAAUCUUUUUCGUAAAAUUAUAGGAAUAAAUCAAUUUUUAAUUAUUAUUCUUCUUUAUUUGCCUCCAGGACAUUUAAUUAGUCAAUAUGCUUGUUCACAAUAUGAACUUAUUUCUUUACUUAGUUCCAGUGUUAUAGAUGUUAAAUAUAUUUUAUGGUUUCGGGCUAUUAAAACAUUUUUAGAUCAUUUGUUGAUUAAUUUUAUUUUGACAAAUCUUCAGCUUUUUGCUAUUUUGUCGAGACAAGAGAUUGGUAAUAUUAAUAUGCCAAAUAAUUUAAAAUUUUCUCGUUUUAUUGAAAUUAUUGUUUAUGGUUUUUCUAGAAUGGAUAUAAUAAUUGGUGUUACUUUGGACUUGAUAAAAAUAUAUAAAGAUGAUUGGAAAACAGAUAGUAUUGAUGUUAUAUGUUUGGCUAUGUCAAUUAUUAGAUCUAUCAGAUUCUUUGAUAAAUGCGAUUCUUUUUUAAUUAAUAAAAUUAAUGAUAUAAUACACCUUUUUAGAGAAACUAACGGUUCUAUAUUUUGGGAAUUGGUUUCUAAUGAUAUACAAAAUAUGGAAUUUUUACUUUAUGUUUUAAAGGAGAUUUUAUAUGGUUAUCUUUGUAUCGAAUGUUAUAAUAAUAUUUCAUUAAAUAAUAUGAAUGAUAAAAAGAAAUUAUGUGAAAAGUGUACUUUAGUUCCUAAUGAUUUACAGCUUGGGUUUUUGCAUUUAGCUAAAUUGUGUAUAUCUAAGAAUGCCCCCUGGAUAGUUGAAUUAAAGACACAUUUAGUAAUUAGUUAUCUUGAAAAAAUUUAUGAUAUUGUUUUUGAAUCGAAAAUUAAAGGGUAUGAAAUUUUAUAUGAAGUUCUAAUAAAGAUUAUACCUACUCUUGAGAUAAAAAAGCCUUAUUUUGUAUGUAAUGAUAAUAAGCAUGACUCUGGUAAUGAAUUUGUAUCUACUGAAUUAUUUAAAUUGCUUGAAUUAGAUGAUAAUGAACAAAAUUUAGCUGUUAUAGUUUUAUAG